GCGACGGAUCCAAAAUUGAAAGUUGAGGCACGUGUCCCAUCCAGAGCAAGUGCCAAAGGUAAACGGAUAUAGUAAAUCGGGGGAAUUUUAGAGAGAGAGAGACAGAGACAAGAGGCGGGAGCGCGAGAGACGAGAGGAGAGGGGAGAUCGGAGUUAGGGUUUUGAAAUUCGACGAAAUCGGAAGGUCAGUGGGCGCGACGAUCAUCAUCAAUCGCAGUCGCUUCUCAAGCUUUACUUUCCCACGCCUUAAUUUUCUUCUUUUGCAUUCGCGGGGAUUCCUUUUGUGUAGCGAAAAAAAAAAAAAGAGAGAGGGCCAGCGGAAUUGGUGAGUUUGAUUUGGUAUUUGAUGAUGUUUGUUUGUGAGAAAGAGGUGUGCUUAUCAUGUGCAGGGAGCGGCGAGGAAGAAGAAGAGUGGUGUGUGAGAGAUUCGAGAGAGAGUGUUUGUUGCGAGUCUACGAGAGCGAUACCAAUUAUCUCCACUAACACCAAUUCCUUGAGUGAUAGAGCUUAUUUUCCAAUCCUCAGCUUCCAAUUCUUCAGAAUUUCCUGAUGGAGCGAAAGCUUGUGGUACUGGGUAUUCCUUGGGAAGUGGAUACCGAUGGUUUGAGGGACUAUAUGAGCAAAUUCGGGGAUUUGGAGGACUGCAUUGUCAUGAAGGAGCGGUCUUCAGGUCGAUCUCGUGGUUUUGGGUAUGUUACUUUUGCAUCUAUGGAAGAUGCCAAGAAUGCAUUAGAGAGUGAACACUACAUGGGGAAAAGAAUGUUGGAAGUUAAAGUGGCAACACCAAAGGAGGAGAUGAGAGCCCCUGCCAAGAAGGUAACGAGAAUUUUUGUUGCUCGGAUCCCACCAUCUGUAACUGAAGGAAGUUUCCGUAGUCAUUUUGAGAGAUAUGGUGACAUAAUAGACUUGUACAUGCCAAAGGAUCACAGUUCAAAAACCCAUCGAGGAAUUGGGUUUAUCACUUUCGAUAGCGCAGAAUCCGUGGAUAGUUUGAUGGCAGACACACAUGAAUUGGGUGGUUCCACAAUUGUUGUUGACCGAGCAACACCUAAGGAAGAUGAUUUCAGGCCGGCAGGAAGAGUGCCAGCAGCAGCUGCUCAUGGUGGCUACGGUGCUUAUAAUGCUUAUAUUUCUGCUGCAACUAGAUAUGCAGCCCUUGGUGCUCCUACCUUGUAUGACCAUCCUGGCCCGCUCUAUGGAAGAGCUGAACCACCAUCUAGGGCAGUUGGGAAAAAGAUCUUUGUUGGAAGGCUUCCUCAAGAGGCAACUGCAGAAGAUCUGCGCCUAUAUUUUGGCAGAUUUGGCCAUAUAAUGGAUGUUUAUGUCCCAAAGGACCCUAAGAGAAGUGGGCAUAGAGGGUUUGGAUUCGUCACCUUUUCAGAGGAUGGUGUGGCAGACCGUGUAUCUCGAAGGUCUCAUGAGAUUUGUGGGCAUCAGGUUGCUAUUGAUUCUGCUACUCCACUUGAUGAUGCCGGUCCCAGUACAAGCUAUGUGAUGCCUGGUGCUGAAGCUCUGGGUGGUUAUGGUGGUCCUAUGCGCAGCUUUGGUAGAAUGUAUGGAAACCUGAGCUUUGAAGAUAUGAGUUGGGGGUACGGCAUGGGUGGCAUGGGUGCUGGAAGACAGUCGUCAAGAGCAGAUUGGAGGUUCAGACCGUACUAAGUCUCGGUAUCCCUGAGCAAACUUCGUGUGGGUCAUUGUUUAGAGUUUGGCCUGAAGGCAAAAUAAUAGCUUGAUGAAUCUCAUAUUCCCAUUAGAUGAACUGUUGUGCUUGUAUUUAAUUUCUUUCGGAUAGCUGUUUAAUGUUGACCUUAUCCACCCUUUCUUACUUCAAUAAUGUACAUUAUAUGACCCUUUGAUUAGAUUGCCUGUAUUGUAACGUUGCUGUAAGCUCUGAUGUCUUUUUGCACCAAUUAUGCGACAUGAAGAAAGCUUCAUCGGUACUCUAUGACCAAGUUCUGAGAAUCAUUUGUUGUUAUUAUCUUCCUAGCAGUGUACAUAAUGGUCAUACCGCUGUGUAUUAAUACUUGCUACAUCGGAACAUUUUCUUGGCUUAAGCGAAGACGAGAAGAGAUUAGAGAGCAUGGCAGUUGAAGCAGCUUCUCAUGGAACCAAACCGCUUGUGCCUAUAUGUAGAUUUGGAUUUCUGAGAUCUUUUGGGGAUUUGUUGCUCCUGAACGCUAGGCAUUGAGCUUCUCAUUUGCUGAGCCUUCAGUUGUGCUGUUGUCAGCUUCGUCAAGAUCUUGUCCAUUGAUGAUGAUCUCUUUCUCUCGAGUUUCAUCUCGAGCUUUCGCAUCUCAGCCUCGGCUUUUGCCUUCUGCAAGUUCUCCCAUGCAGUGAUUUUGGCUUCCUCUCUUUGGACCUUUGAGAAGUCUGAAACUGCCUCUGUGAUAUCCCAAGAACAACUGUUAGUGAGAGCCAUGGCAUUUUGAUGGAAGUCUUCGGGAUGCGGCAAUCUUUUCUUGACUAUAGAAGAAGAAGAAUGUUUCGUGGACCAACUUGUUACAGUCGCCUUCUUAUCAACCUGCACCUCCCUGAUUUCCAUUUUGGAAGGAUGUUCUCUACUCCCAGAAUCCACCAUAGCAACGGUAGAUGACCUCCUUGGAGACGAGUGGUUGCUUUUGCUGUCUGGGCUCAUUUGAGUUGCCAUAUCCCUUCUUGAAACGACACGACUAACCGUAUUUUCUUCAUUGAUCAUAUCUUCGUCUACUCUCCCAUCUGGGUCAACAAAAUGUACUGCACAUCCAACCGUCAGAGAUAAAACCCUAGGAGAACGUAGACAAAUUGGAGUACAAAUGACCCGACAUAAUAAAUUUGUAACCAGCGCAAUCCUCUUGCGGGCAUCAACUAUAUGCAUAGACAGAACCGGGAAGGCAACAUCUAUGUUCAACAGAUUAUGAAUCAUGCACAACUGAAAAACGUAUAGAAAGAUUUCUGCUUUUCACUCGAGAUCGUUAAUGUAAAAUUGCCAAUGCAUUUCCCUGUUUCACAUUUCAAAUUGUGUCAUUGUGGCUAAAGAAAAAGGGGAAGGGAAAAGGGGCAGUUUACCUCCAGGGGAGCUAGGCAAGGAAGAAUCACUAACCAAGUCUGACCAAACAACCAACUUCGAGGAAUUGCCUCUCCCACCACUACCGCCACCACCAAGAUUCCUUCCCCCGCCAGCUCCAUAAUGCAAGCCGACGCCAUUAGGCAUCAAGACCCCAGUGGAAAAGGGGGAAUUGACCACCAAGUUCCUCAGAGGCCCAGCGUCGAGCACCUGGAGUGCAGGCGAACAGUUGGAGUAAUGCACCACACCAGGGGCCACAAUUGGCCCACUCUUGGACUUGGGUCGCUUCUGAAACUGAGACUGAGGCUCGCUCCCCGGACCGUACCCCAUCACCGGGCUGCAGACCCACCGCUCGGCGUCUUCCCAUUUCGACGGCACCGCCCUCCCGCUGUAAAACGGGGUCAGCCCAGUAACCCCCAGCUGUCGGGUGGUCGCCGACGAGGAGGGAUGCGGCGGCACCCGCUCCGAGCACCACCCUUUGUUGCUGCUGUCCUGGUAGUAACUUCUCGCCGCCGCCUGGCUGGGGAUGGGGAAAGCGCCUAGGCUCUGGGAAGAAGCCAGAUUCUUCUUGUGCUGCUUCAUGGGUUUCCCUCCUUUAGCUCUUCUGUGCAGAGAGUGGUUUCCUUUCUUGUGUGCUGUACUUUUUGUUGGCGGGUUUGGUGGAGUUUCACAUUGGGUCAGAAAUGGCGGGGGGCCUGGGGCUGGGUUGUUGGGGUUUGGACGUGGACAAGUCGCGGGUUCGAAGACGACAAAAGCUGCAUCGAUGGCUGGUUUGAUUGGUCUAAUCUCUCCUUUUUGUUGCUUUCUUUCAUUUUUUGCCAU